GUGGCUUGUCAAGUCCGGAAAGCAGGCGCCGAAGAAGAAAAGCCGGAAGUUAGCCCCGCAUCGCCGAGCUAGCGUCGUUCGGACGCUGCGGGGGGAAAAUGUGUAAAGUGCGAAUGUUGCGAGAGCUGGUGAAGCAGCGGCUCAACGUGGCCAUCGAGGAGAUAUUCGAACUGUUCGACGAAACCCUGGCGGAGUACGAGGAGGAACUUUGUCGGACGAAAGCGGAGAACGUGCGACAACGCGAACUCCUGGACGCUGUUCUCAAACCUCGAGUUACAGUCCACUCAACAGACAUCCAGCAGGUGUUGGUGGAGAAUCAAAAAGAAGUUCCUUCGGCGCAACGGGACGGGAGAGCUCAUGUGGAGGAGGCGCCGGCAGAGCCCCCUCGCAUAAAAGAGGAGGCCUGGAGCAGUCGGGAUGGGGGGGCCGACGCGACCGCCUUCGCGCUGUCCGGCGGCGGCGUGGCCGUGAAGAGUGAAGACGACAACGGUGAAGCCCAGCAGCUCCAUCGCGGUCACAGCGAGGAGAGCAGAAAACCGGAUGGAGGAGGAUCGGACGUGGACGGCGCGAUGUCGCACUCGUCCGAAACCGACCACAGCGACCACGCCGGAGAACCUUUGGUCGAGAACUCCCAAAGCGAUGGCGCACGUCACGCGGACAACAAGCAGUUCAAGUGCUCCGAAUGCGGCAAAAGGUUCGCGCACAAAGGAAGUUUGAAAAUCCACAUGAUCACGCACACGGGAGAGAAACACUUUGCUUGCUCCUUUUGCGGAAAAACCUUCUACUUAAAGCAUCACAUGAACAGACACAUGCGGAUACACACGGGGGAGCACCCCUACUCGUGCUCAGUUUGCGCCAAAGGCUUCCGGGAUAAGUACAAACUCAUCAACCACAUGAGGACGCACGCGGCCGAGAAACCUUUCGCCUGCUUGGUUUGCGCGAAACGUUUUUCCAGUCGGGAAUGUCUGGCGUUGCACGUAACGACGCACGAGGAGGAGAACGCCUCGGGCUCCGGCGGCUCCGGGCAGCUUCCGUCGCAAGCCGCGGGCAACUUUGCGCCGCUCUCGGAUGUGGACGACGACGCCGCGUCUCAGUUUUCCGAUACGGAUCGCAGCGACGACGCCAGCAAGAAGCCCGAAGGCGACGGCGACAGCAGCGACUUCAUCUGCUCCGAAUGCGGGAAAACCUUUUACCACAGGGGCCACCUGAACAGGCACAUGAUAACGCACACCGGGGAGAAACCUUUCGGUUGUUCGUUUUGCAGCAAACGAUUUACCCGCAAGUCCGAUCUGAAGGUGCACGUCCAGGUCAAACACACGGGCGACAAGCCUUUUGUAUGCAGCGUAUGCACGAAAACGUUCCCCGUCAAGCGAUAUCUGAUCACGCACAUGAGAAAGCACAACGCCGGUCUGCCGUUUAGCUGCCCGGCGUGCGGGAAAGGUUUCUCCGUCAAAGAGGAACUGGAAACGCACGUGGCGACGGACGCCGAAUGCGGAGCAUCGCAAGCGGACGACGCGACACUGAACCCUUCGGAAUCGGACCGCGAUAAGAACGCCAAACGUGACUCCGCGCAGCACACUGGCUUCAUCUGCUCCGAGUGCGGAAAGUCGUUCGUCCAGAAGGCCACGUUGAACCGGCACAUGCGGAUCCACACCGGGGAGAAACCCUUCGGCUGUUCGGUCUGCGGGAAGCGCUUCUCCCGAAACGGCGAUUUGACCAUCCACGCGAGAACGCACUCGGCGGACAAACCUUUCAACUGCACGCUGUGCGCCGAGUCCUUCUCCCUCAAGCACUUCCUGAACGUCCACAUGAAGCGACACUUUGCCGACAAGCCGUUCGCUUGCUCCGCGUGCGCCAAGCGCUUCAACACCAAAGCCCACCUGAAGACGCACAUGAAGCGGCACACGGGGGAGAAACCCUUCAGCUGCGAGGUGUGCGGCCGCUGCUUCUUCUGCAAGCGCGACGUCAGGACGCACAUGCGGACGCACACCGGCGAGAAACCCUUCGCGUGCCCCGUGUGCAAGAAAGGCUUCUCCACCAAGACGUACGUCUCCAUGCACAUGAGGACCCACACCGGGGAGAGGCUCUUCAGCUGCGACGCCUGUCACAAAAGGUUCACCUUCAAGACGCAGGUCUACAGCCACGUGUGCACCGGCUACAAAAACAGCAAUAACGACGCUCCCGGAAUCUAAACGCCGGGGCAGAUCGGCAGUCUCUUUGAAGUACCGCAGUGCUUUGUAGAUGUUUGUUGAACGUGUGGCGUAGCGGUUGGGCCAGCUGACCUGCGCUCAAAAGCAGACUCAAGUGGUCAGUUACAGGGCGAGUAUGAAGACAAUCCUAACAAAGCGGAGGAAAAUCUGGAAAAAAUAUGACAUAAAACUAAAAUAUAAUGUAGAAGGGUACAAAUAAAAAAAAAAAAUGGUUGAAAGCUGAUAAAAAGUCAGAAAACUAAUCUAACAGAAACUUGACCAAAGGUGUUUCCAAAUGUGAAAAAAAAAAUUGACAAUCACACACAAAAAAAAUCCCAAAUACGGACAAAAGAGACAAAAAUUUCAACAAAAAUGCCCAUAGAAAAUAAAGGAUAAAAAGAACUGGCAAACUCACAAAUAUGACAAAUUUCGUGGAAAAUGUUAUAAAAUUGCUGAAAUGAAUUUUUAAAAAAGCAUGCAAACAAAAUGUCAAAAUCUGACUAACAAAUAGGGUAAAAAAAGAGCAACUGUAUCACAAAAAUCUGUGAUUUUUAAAAGCAGGGGGGGGGGGGACAAAAAAGUAUCAUCAAACUAAAAUAAAUCUGGCAAAAAUACAGCAGAAACUCAAGCAAAUCAUAUAAUCAAGCAAAACAUGUUUUUUAAAUUUAUAAAAAUUAGAUUUUUAAAUAAACAGACAAAUCUGUGUGGAAAAUUCAAAUACCCAAAAAAAGCUUACAAAAACAUGGAUUUUAAAAAAAGAUGACCCCAAAAAUGUGCAAAAAAGCAGACAAACUUUGAACAUAAAGGUAACAAAUCUGAUGAAAGUCUGACCGAAAACAAUUAGCCUGACACGAACACACAGCAAAUUAUUAUUAUUAUUAUUUUAAACUGAACCAAAAUGAUAUUAAGGAGCAACUGCUGCUUGUUUGUCUGUGGCCGCCCUGCACGGAUGCGGACUGGUGCUAAAUCGACGGCCCUCUAAAGUGCGUUUCUAAACUUGUGUGCUCAUAUUAAGCAGACAUCAAAAUCACGUUGCGUUCUCAUUAUACAUACAAAUAUAUACCUGUAGAUUCUGUAUAUGGAUGUCAUCCCACUGUCAAUAUAGUGUAAGAAGUUGCUGAAAGCGUCAAAAGCGCUUUAGUUGGCUUUUAGUUGUAUUUUGCGUGGAGUCGCAUCUCUUUGUACUUUUAGCACUCUUUUACAACGUUGCCUAAAACGUUGCGUGUACAGUUCAUGUUACACAAAUGUAUUUUUUAAACAAAAACUGCAAAAAAAGUAGUUGUGGUUAACAAUGACUUGUUCAUUUGUUUUAUUUUUUUUACAGUCUUGAGUGUUGCGUUUCUCAAUUCACGUUUUAAUGUUUAAAAAAAAAAAAACACUACUUAUGAGUUAAAUUUAGACAAUACACACAUUUAUUUCUAUUAAAUCAGUAACUCAAUUACCCCGGUACUUAUGUCAUUUUCAUUUCCUCGUGUUGUAUUAAUGGACCACGGUUUUUUUCCCCCGUACAAAUAUUUACUGUUGUUUGGACUUCAACAUUAAAAGUAUGUCAGUGAUCGAAGGUUCAUUUUGGAUUGUCUAGAAUUUGCAAAUCCCGCUUAUGUGAAAUUGAAAAAAAAAAAAUUAAAUUAAAAAAGGGCAAAAACCGGGGCACAAAACUGGCAAAGAUUUCAAGAAAAACAUGCAAAAAGAAUUUUUUGUUCAAUUGAUCCUAAUCUGACCAGGUCUUGCAAUUUUAAAAAUAUUUAUACAUAUAUAUAAUUUUGAAAAAUCAAUUUAUUUAUUUAUUUGGGGGACAAAAAUGCAACAAAAUUGGAUUGUAUUUUUUAAUCAUAUUAAAAUACUAGUCACACCCCUAGAAAAAAAAACCUGGGAAAACCCCUGACACUACUUGAUAAUUGACAAAACGAACCGAAAUAAUCAAUUAUAGUUAAUAAGUGUAUCAACUGGAAAAAAAAUUGUCAAAAAAGGUCUUAAAAAGCAAACAAAAAAUGUGACAACAGAUGUCUGACAAAAUGGGGCUGAAAAAAAAGAAGAAACAUCUACCCCCCCCCAAAAAAAAAAAAAACAUGGCAGAACUGAUGAAA